AUGUCCGAAAUAGGCUCUACGAUUUACGAUGGAGUUACCCCAGUCGCUAGGAAAACUGUUUAUUCUUAGUUAAGGAAACAAUAGAAUAAUCAGAGCAAUCACUAGUUAUAUAUUGACAGAGACAACCACCCUAUUUACAGCAAGCAAACUUCCUAUGCUAGACUUUAGGACAUGAAAUUGGAAUCAGCAUGGUCAUAAGUAAUAACAACAAUCCCAGAAUCAACAUCAAUAGAGCAUGAAGGCUAUCAUAAAGAAUUGAAGAAAAACAACAGUUUCGAUAACAACAAUGAGUAUAUUAAAAAUUAUAAUGGGCAUCAGGGUUUGAUUUCUUACUAAAAAUCAAAGCUACUUAUGAGUCCAGGCUUAGACAUUUCUUAAAUGGAUAUAACAAGAAGAAACUUUAGUAACAUUCACUCAAGACCCAAUGAGAGUAUUGAUAGUUCUACAGGCAAGACAAGAAGCAAUGAUAGACGCUAGAAGCAAUCCAAAAACAAUGAAAAAGCCAAAGAGGACAGAGAUAAAAUGAUAAAGCUAAAAAUCAUGAGUUUAUUCACAAGAACUCAAAUAACUUAAGAUAGCUUUGAUAACUCCAAAUCAAAGGAAAUGGAGAGAGAAAUUACUAAGGCUUCUUCAUUUAGUAAGAGUGUGAGAGAAGGCAAAAUAGAUCCUAAGAGAUAGAGGUAUCUAAGUGAGAAGAGUCACAUUCUUUUUACUCAGUAAAAACUGCCGCCACUAGAGUUGACUAAAAAGUUUUUAAUUUAAGAAAAGAAAUCUAAAGAGAAAUAAUUGCUUAGGAAUAUCAUUCAACCAAAUAUUGAGCCUAGUGCUUCGUCCAUAAUGAUUACUAUGACUUAGUUGUCCAGAUAUGAAGAUGAGACUGAAAGGCAUCAGAAGAAGAAGGCAAUGUCUCAAAACAUAAGCCCAAAGUUGCUUAAAAAGAAUGAAAGCGUCACUAAGUCGCACUCUAAUAAAAAAUUCUAGAAAAUUAAUAUAAAUUUGUCAGAAAUUUCAAGAUUUGUUGAUAAUGAAAACGUAAAAGAUUUGACCAUGAAAGAUCUAGUGAGAGACCGUUAAAAGAAUAUAUUGAAGCAAAAGCAUGGAAGGAUAGCAAGUUUCAUAUAAAAACUAGUUAAAAAUGAUAUUAUAAGAAAAAAACUGAAUCGUUCAAAGAAUAAAGAUUACGAUUCAGGAUCACUAGAGGAAAAUGAUGAGAUUUAUAGAGCAACACAGGAUGAGAUCAAGAGCAUUCAGGAUUAGAUUAAGUUUGAUGUCAAAAAGUAUGUCCCUCCGUCUCAGCACAUGGAUGAUGACAAAAGCUUUCAUUCUCUCACUAAACAUAAGAUGUCUUACAUUCGAGAUUCAAGUCCAGAUAUAAACAAAGUUAAGAGACAGGGUGCAGGGAGUGGACUGCAUCACAUGGGUCCAAAUGGUUCUAAUGAUUACUUAGAUUUAGAUUAGAGUAUAUUGUAAUGUUAGAACAGUAUUAACUAGGGAUUAAAGCUCGAAAAAGGCUUGUGGAAGAGUGGAUUUCUAGAUAAGAUUAAGAAGAUAGAUGUCAUUGAUAAAUUUUAAAUUUGA